CCAUGGACGUUCAGUCUCUAUAUACCUGCAUCCCUCAUGAGGCAGGCAUCCAGGCUGUGAGGGAGUUCAUGAGCUCUAACCAAACCUACUCUGGUCCACCAUCGGAAUUCCUGAUUUCCCUCUUGGAGUUUAUAUUGUACAAUAAUUACUUUAAAUUUGAGAGUGAUUUUUUUCUACAAUUAACCGGGACCGCGAUGGGUUCGAAUGUAGCGCCAACUUAUGCUAAUAUCUUUAUGCACAAAUAUGAAACCAAUAAUAUUUAUGGGCAUGCUCUUUUUCGCAAGUAUGGUGGCUAUUUUAGACGCUACAUUGACGACCUGUUUUUUCUGUGGUACGGCACAAAGGAAGAGUUGGAUAUAUUUGUCAAUGAUCUUAACAGUUUACCUUCGCCCAUCAGGUUCACAGUUCAUUCCGAUGCAAGCAGCAUCCAGUUUCUGGAUGUAACUGUAUAUAAGGAUGAGGAACACCAGCAGCUACAUACCAAAAUCUACCAAAAACCCACGGAUAGGAACUCCCUAUUACACUACUCAAGCAGUCACCCACGACACCUACUUAAUUCCCUACCCAGGUCACAGAUGAUGCGGGUGGUAAGAAUCACUAGUGAUGUAGAGGAGAGGGGGUUGGCCCUGGAAAACAUGGCCUGUAGAUUUUUGGAAAGGGGAUAUCCGAGUAAACUAAUCAAGGACAUUAAGGAAUGGGCGGGUACACUUGAUCGGGAGGAGGUCUUGAGAGGCCCCCCAAGGAAGGUCGAGGAUAGAUCAAAUGACAUUUAUUAUAUGACAACGUUUGAUGCCCGUACUCCUUUAAUAAAAAGUUCAAUCUUACAGCAUUGGCCGAUUGUGAAAUCAGACCACGAUCUGACAGCACUUAACCGCAAGAGAGUAUGUUUUGGACACAGAAGGAACAGAAAUCUGAAGGAACUUCUUUCCCCCACCGACCCGGCGACAAAUUCUUCCAUCCACACACUGGCAAAGCAUAUACCAUCAAGCAGAGGCUCACGUGUACAUCUCAGAACGUGGUAUACAUUAUAAAGUGCCCUUGCGGGCUUUUAUACUGUGGUAAAACCUGCAGACAACUACGGGAACGCAUUAGCAUGCACCGUUCCACCAUUAGAGCAGCGCUUGAUCCUAAACCAAGAAGGGAAACCAAGCAGGAUAUCUCAAAACAACCGGUGGCUCAACAUUGGUUGUCGGCUAAACACCCGGCAUCUGCCUUUAAGUGCAUGCCCAUUGACUGCAUACAGGAUUCAUUAAGAGGCGGAGACACGGAUCGUAGGCUGCUUCAGAGGGAAGCUUUUUGGACAUAUGAACUUAAUUGUGUAGCUCCGAAGGGUCUAAAUAGCUCUCUCACCUUGAAUUGUUUUCUAUGAGAUCAUUUAGUAUUGGAUACAGGUUCUAUGAAUAUAUUCUUGGCCUAACACAGAAGUAAAUAUAUAAUAUAUAGACGGCCUUAUAUAUAUCUUGUUGUGUAAUACAUGUUGUAGAUAACAUAUUAGAAUUGGUUCAGCCUUAACCUUGUGUGUACUAUAGUUACAAUGUUUAUGAUAUAAUUCUAUAGAUUUUUAACACCAGGGGGUUGUUUAAGUAACCAAUACAAUAUGUUAAAAAUGUUACAAUCUUAAUAUAGUGAUGUAUCAGUGUUUUACUGAAAUCUUACUAGUUCUUAUCACUUUGUACAACUUUUUACUUCUUGUAAGUUUUAAUGUUCACAACAUUUCAGCUAGUAACACUAAUGAGCGAUUCUUAAUACU